AGCCCUUCACAAUCAGCAAAUCUCACUGUGUACACCAGAGACUGAACAGCAGAGUUGGAUACUAAUAGCCUCACACAGCUACUACAUAGUGACACAGAUCUCAAAGACAAAGACCUGCAUCACGCUAACCCCAAAACACAGUAAAGGGAAGCCGAGAAAAGGAACAAGAAACUAAAAACCAGGCGAGUAGACGAAAACAUCCCAUUGCAUUUCUUUUGUGGUGGAAAACAUCAGGUUAUGGAUCAACUAUUCAUAAAGGAUUCAAGAUUGAGGACAUUUUAUCUUGUAAGCACCUUGGAACAGAGAAGAUGAAGAGCUAACAUCUAGAAACCAACUUCCUGUGCUGGUAGCAAGGUAGCUAUUGAGUAAACCACUUAUGCAAAGCAUCCAGCAUACCUUACUGAGAGGACAAAGUAGGCAAGCUGAUGUGGUUCGCUCAUGCAGAUGCUUACGUGUGAGCACUUGCUGUACUUUGAGAGUAGGAUUACGCAACAUCUGAACGGUAAGACACCAUGUAAUGUAUACACACUGGAUUUGUAUACUUCUUUAUGGAUCUUCUGAGGUUUGACAGAUACACUCACUGUGUUUUAAGCCAAAAGAAUCAUUGAUGAUGACUGAGAGGAGCAACUGCACAAACGAUAGCUUCAAAUAUGUGUUAUACAGCUCUGUUUUCAGCAUUGUCUUCAUCCUCGGGCUGCUCUUCAACAUGGUGGCCAUGUACAUUUUUGUUUGCAGACUAAAAAUGCGCAAUGAGACUACAACCUACAUGAUGAACCUUGUGGUCUCUGACUCCCUUUUCGUCGUUAGUUUGCCUUUCAGGACAUUUUACUUCAUCAACCGCCAAUGGCCUUUUGGUGACGCUCUCUGCAAAAUAUCAGUCACGUUGUUCUACACCAACAUGUACGGCAGCAUCCUCUUCCUCACGUGCAUUAGCGUUGACCGAUUCCUGGCAAUCGUUUACCCUUUCGCAUCAAGAACACUGAGGACCAAGCGUAACGCCAAAAUAGCCUGCGGUGUAAUCUGGGUGGUUCUUCUGUCCGGAGGUCUCACCGCAGGAUUCGUAAUGGACAUCACUUCACAUAAAAACGAGACGUACUGUUUUGAAAACUACUCCAAAUCUCAGUGGAAGUCCCAGGUUUCAAAAGUUGUGGUGUUUAUGGAGACGGUGGGCUUCCUGAUUCCACUAAUGAUCAACUUCAUCUGCUCCGUGAAGGUCUUGCAGACUUUACGCCACCCCGAGACCAUCAGUCGAGGAGGGCAGCUCAACAAAGCCAAGAUCUUACGCAUGAUCGUGGUGCACUUGCUCAUCUUCUGUUUCUGCUUCAUCCCAUUCAAUGUCAAUUUGGUCUUCUAUACCCUGGUCCGAAGUGAGGUUAUACAGAACUGCACCGUGGAGACGGUGGUCCGGACAAUUUAUCCUAUUGCAUUCUGCAUUGCAGUGACUAACUGUUGCUUUGACCCGGUCAUCUAUUAUUUCACCUCAGAGACCAUUCAGAAUUCAAUGAAACGAAAAUCGUACGGUGUACACAAAAACACGUUAAACAACACUAUCGACAACAGUGACUACAAUGGAAGGGGGACGAUUGAUAAAAUCACAUCUCUAACAGCUAAAUUCAUGAUUGAAGAGUCUACAAUAUGACCAAAGAUCAGGCAGCAAAUAGGUUUUAUACCUUUUUUGUACCAGGUUUUCCUCUGACAUUUAGCGAUUGGUUUUGGACAGGAUAUAGCAGACUGAUAACUAUCUGAAAAAUGUCUGUAUAUCUAACUGUCUAUCUGAAAGUUACAAGAAUAAAAUCUGAGUAUCUAUAGAAAGGGUGUUUGUUUACAGCACAAACUCAACAACUGUUAAUGGAUUAUUGAUAUUAUAACUGCAUACAAACUAUGCACACGACUAUGGGCUGAAAAAGAAAAUAUAAAAAUUAGUAUUUCUGAACUAAGUGUUAAAGUUGAGCUUCAAACCUGCUUGCUAUGUGUUAGAAAAGUUAAAAUGGUAGCACUUGUCAGUGAAAUUACAUUUAUUAACAUUAGUUUUAUAUUUUUUAUACUGUAUUUUUUACUGCAUUAGAUUAUCUAGAUCACAUUGUAAGUCUUUAAUAAAAAUAGAGUAAUAAUAUAAA